CCCACCAACACUGCCUGACCCACCAGCAUUGCCUGACCCACCGAGCCUGCGACUCUAAUUUCCUCCAUUUCCCACCCCUCUCACUUCACAAGCCAUGCAGCCCAAAGUACUCCUCGCCCUUGCUGCCGCUAUGGCCUCGGCCUCGACAGCAGUUCACGCCGUUCCUGUUGCCGGUACUUGCGGCGGUGGCUCCGUCGGCAACGGUAUCUGCCAGGACCCCUCGCUGUGCUGCAGUCAGUGGGGUUGGUGUGGCUCUGGCCCCAGCUACUGCACGGCCACGAGCUCAGCAGCAACCAGCUCCAAGACGACCACAACCUCCACUACUACCACCCCAGCCAAAACCACCACCACCCCUACUACUACCACUGUAGUCAUUUCUACCACUGCCAUUACCACCACCAGCAGCCCGGCGUCGUCGCCGACCGCUGGCGCCCGCAUUCCCGUCAUCAAGUCGUGCGUGACCCCCGGUGUCAUUGCCAUUACCUAUGACGACGGGCCCGUCCCCAACACGGCCAGCCUGCUCGACAUUCUCAAGCAAAACAACAUCAAGGCCACUUUCUUCAUCAACGGCCUCAACUGGGCCGACACCUCUGUCGAUCCCCAGCGCAGCAUCGUCCAGCGCAUGUACAACGAGGGCCACCAGAUCGGCCACCACACCAUGAACCAUGCCCAGCUCGACACCCUGAGCGUCGCCGACAUCCAGGCGCAGAUGAACAACCUCGAUGUCGUCAUCAAGAACAUCAUCGGUGUGCGCCCGACCUACAUGCGACCUCCCUACGGAGCCUUCAACAACAAUGUCCUGGAUGUGCUGACCUCGCUUGGGUUCCGCUAUGCUGUCACCUGGAACUGUCAGUCUGAUGACUACGACCACGCCGGCGACGUCGCUGCAAACAUGGCCUCGUUGACCACCGGCUCCAGCGUGACCGUCAAUCAGUACGUCGGCCCCGUCUAUGGGAUCAACUCCACCGUCUCAAACCCGGCCAGGGACUCGUACAUCAUUCUCAACCACGACACUUACUCGACUACCGUUGCCCCAUUCACCCAGCAGAUGAUUGACUAUCUCAAAGGCCUCAACUUCCGCUUCGUGACUCUGGCCGAGUGUCUCGGCGAGCCCCUUAGCGCCGCCUACAGAUCGUAGCUCCAUCGCUGGCUGCCUUUCACGCACCGACCACUCACCAUCUCCCCUGCCAUGCAAGAUGGCUCUCCGUGUAGCUCAGAACACGAUG